GUUCUUGGCUGAAGCCCUUCUGUAUUCUGUCUCUGGUUUCCAACCAAGGCUGCGGGUUGACUGUAUGCACAAGGCACAGAUUCCCAGAGGAGACCAAGAGGAGCGUUUCAGAGGAUGAGACACAGGAAUACAAGAGUAAAGAAAUCUUUCAGCUGAUGAUUAUAUGCUUGCUGACAGUCAACACCCAGAGCAGUGAAUGGAAGAGCAGGGUGGAAUCUCAAGGUUUGAUGUACAUGUUGUGAAACAAAGGAACAGUCUGCUUGCCCACAGGGAGAUUGCUUCCAGAGACACAACAGGGAGUCCAAAUUGCUUUGCUGAGGGCGAUCUAGCCCUGUGUAGCUAGACACCCAACACUGCACAUGGUAUGACCAAUGCCGAGAGGUAAGUGCAUGGUGCUGCUGACCAUAUUUUUUGCAAAGAGGACACGGUGGGGGUUCAGGUUUCAUUUGGAUAUUGCAUCUGUUUUGCUCAAGUUCCAUCUCUUGUUCCCUUAAGGAGACUGUUUACAGGCAACCUGCUGUCAACAUUACAUCGAGGCCAUCAGACUGAAAAGAGAGGUGGCUUGAUCAACCAUGAUUCACUUUCUGAGCAAGGUACUUCAUUUUGGAGGUCAGUUGGUAGGCUGAAGUGUGAAGACAUCAUUAUUUUCUUUUUUCUUUUAUUUUAUGGGGCGUUGGGUUCAAACUAAUGACUUACCAGCUACUGACAUCAACCAGAACUGAUAAAUGCAAUGCUUGGAUUGGAUUUUAUGAACGUCAAGGUUUGAACGUGAUUCUCCUGGCUCCUAUAGCAGAGCCUGUGAGUUCUGUUUGGCCUCCAGCACAAAGACUACCAUCCUUUGAGAAAAUGUUGAUGGCUCUGUGAGAAGGAGAAUGGCUGCUGGAAGAUUACUCCUCUAUGCUGGACUGUCCCUAGCCCUGUGUGCUCUGGGCAUGCUAGCCGUAGCGAUCUGCUCCGACCACUGGUACGAGACAGAUGCCAGACGGCAUCGGGAAAGGUGCAAAGGCUUCACAAAUAGAAGAAUUGACCCAGGCUUCAUUUAUAACUCCAACAACAAUCUUCCGCUUAGGGCUAGCAGGUCAAAACUAGACCGCUGGGAAGGAAAGUUACUUCUAGCCAGGAACAGGAGGCAGCUUUUUGCAAUGAGCGCUGCUGAUGAGUGCAAUAGACAAUAUAAUUCCACCAACAUGGGCCUGUGGAGGAAAUGCCACCGGCUGGGCUUCGAUCAAGACAUAGAAGAUAUAAUUGCCAAAGGGGACAUUGAACGAUGCUCUUUUAUCAAGUAUCACUAUUCCUCGGCUACUAUACCCAAGAACCUCACAUAUAACAUCACCAAGACAAUCCGGCAAGACGAAUGGCAUGCCCUCCAUUUACGCAGGAUGACAGCUGGCUUCAUGGGCAUGGCGGUAGCCAUCAUUCUGUUUGGAUGGAUCAUUGGAGUGCUGGGGUGCUGCUGGGACAGAGGGCUCAUGCAGUAUGUUGCUGGUCUACUCUUCCUCAUGGGAGGUACCUUCUGUAUCAUAUCACUGUGCACCUGCGUAGCGGGUAUCAACUUUGAGCUGUCCCGCUACCCUCGGUUCCUGUACGGUCUACCUGAUGACAUCAGCCAUGGCUAUGGAUGGUCCAUGUUCUGUGCCUGGGGGGGCUUGGGCCUAACUUUAAUCUCGGGUUUCUUCUGCACCUUAGCGCCCUCAGUACAGCCUGUCCUGAGGACCAACUGCCCCAAAUCCCGCCCUGAAAACGGAACAGUGUGCUAAAAACAUAUCUAUCUAGAGCACAAAAAGAGAAAGGCAGGCCACUCUACCUUUAAACUCAUGUGUGGACUACAGAUAUUUCCUUGUCGCCAUUCCUGUUCAUGCCUUGUUUGGAGGCUACAGGAGGAAUGAUUUCGGCAUAGGAGAGUCAAGGACUUCAAUUCAUUGUGAUGUUAGAUCAAAGGCCACAUCAUGGACC